UUUAAUAAAUAAUUGUCGAUGACAAAUUUAUGUACAUAUAUUCUGGACAUCAAUGAUCACAAAUUGAAAAUGUGAGUUUAUGGCUUUAAGCUCGGGGAAAUAUAAUUAUUAAUUAAAUGGUAUAAUUAUAUAUAUAUAUCCAACAUUCGAAAUAAAUUGAAAAAAGAAAAUAAUUUAGUUGUCACCUCUUUAGAAGUAACGUGCUUUUCAUUCAAUAAAGGUGUUUGAUCGAUAGAUAAUAUGCUUGAUCAGAAAGUAAUUCUUGAAAAAAUCACUAAAAUAUUCAACCUGUUUAUCACAUUCCAGACAAAUUUACAAAUCAGUGAGGUUAGCCAGUCCUGGGCAAAUGACAAGUGCUUGACACCAGAUGACAACUUUCUUUAAUCAAGUUUACAUGUACAACUGUACAAGUACAGUGAAUUCAAGUGGGGUGUCGGCUGAUGGAAAAUGGUGAUGAGGACAAGGACAAUGAACCUGUAGAUGAGGCCUCUGGGGCAUGUGAACGCAUAGAAGAUGGAAGCACAAACUCUGGCAAGAAAAAGAGACCAAAGAAAAAAAAGAAGAAAAAACAGGAUGUUACACACGAAGUUAGUACAUCACCUGUGGAGGUUGAGGAUGAGGUGGAAGCUAGUAUACAAGAGGUCAACCGGAUUCUAGGAAACUCAGGUUUCUCGCUGGAAGACUCCAGUAAAGAAGCUAAUGUUGAGCUAUCACUAACAUUGAAGGCGUUGCUUAGUGUGGAAUACAAAAAUUUAAAUGCAGAUGCAGAGAUGCGAAAAAUAUUUGGUUCACAUGUUGUUCAAGCAGAACAUGGUCGUGGCCGGCAUCGAAACAGAACCAGUCAAAGAAGUGGAAGACUUGUACAACCCAAGGAAAACUGGCCAGUCUUUGGAAGAACAGGCUUGUCCAUGACCAUGAUGCAUCAAGCUGACAGCAAAAAAGCAGGAGCAGGGAACUCUCAAUGUUUCACCUUUGAGCACAGUCCUCAGUACCAGCAGGUUCAGUUCCUCUUUCUGGAUGCUGUGCAGUCUUAUAACCCACAGAACAUUGCUAAUAUCAUUCAUGAACAUCCCUACCAUAUUGAUUCUCUGAUACAGCUGAGUGAAAUAUUCCGAAUGAGUGAAGACCUCCAAACUGCUGUAGAUUUAAUAGAGCGAGCAAUACAUGUGUUUGAAUAUGCAUUCCAUCCCUUGUUUAAUAUUGCCACUGGGAACUGUCGGCUAGACUUCAGGCGUCAAGAAAACAGGGCAUUUUUCUUGGUGUUAUUCAAGCACUUGGUGAAUGUUGGACAAAGAGGAUGCAACCGCACUGCUCUGGAGUUCUGCAAACUUCUUUUGAAUCUUGAUCCUGAUGGUGACCCCUUGUGUGUGCUGCUCAUGAUCGAUUUCUAUGCUUUGCGUUCAGAGCAGUACACGUUCCUCAUCCGCAUGUAUGAAGAAUGGGAGUCUUCACGGAACCUGUUACAGUUGCCAAACUUUGCAUUUUCUGUUCCACUGGCCAUGUUUCAUCUUGCUGGGGAAAAUGAGAACUAUGUCCAGAAGGCUGAUGAGAUGCUGGCAGAUGCUUUGCUUAUGUUCCCGGGCCUUUUGAUGCCUCUGCUGAAUAAAUGUGGCAUUUGCCCAGACAAAGAAGUGUCAAAUCAUUCUUUCUUUGGUGCCAGCUCUCAGUCCAGUCAAAGUCCAGCAUUACUGCAACUUGUGACUCUUUAUGUCAACCGUUGUCAUGCUUGUUGGAAAGAACCAGAAGUUCUUUUUUGGCUUGAAAAGGUGGUGAAGUCAACACUACAGCGGGUUGAUGCUGGCGAUCCUCGUGUACAGAAUUUUGCAGAAAAGAGGAAAAUGCGAUACCAAGGGACCCCUAGAAAUAUUUAUCGACAUUUUAUAAUCUCAGAGAUAAAGGAUGCCACUGCUACGUUGCCUCCUGAACUAGUAAAUACACCUGUGCUAACUUAUGAUCCACUUCCUCCCCAAGAUGCAGUUGUUUCAUACACAAGACCUCAAAGGCCAAGAGCAGCAGAACAGAAUGUCAAUCCUCUCAGUCUUUUUGUCAGAUCAUUGUUGCCAAACUUUGGUUUGCAGGAAGCAGAACUAGAUACUGCAGUAGCAGGAAUAGGGGUUGGUGGGUUAGGUGAGGCAGAGGACCCCGACUACCAGGAACACAAUGAGCUGCGACGUGGUGUUGGUGCAUUGAUGAAUGCUAUGCGGGACCUGCUGAACAAUAUCCGUCUUGCACCACCCCCUGUAGAGAACGGACAAAUAGGUCAAGAGGAGGAAGAAGAGGAGAGGGACGGUGAGGCUGACGAUGAAGAGUGGAACUGAAGUCAUUUGUACCUUGCACUGCAGGAGAGAAGAGAGUCAAGUCACUGAAGGAAAUCCACCUUCUAUUACCAACUUGCUUUCUCUUCAUGCAUUGUGCUUACUUGGUUCUGCAUGCAUGAAUGUGCUUUGUCACGUGAAUGCAUGCCUUGGUGGGUGAGUGGGUGGUUGCAUGCAUGGACGGGUGGGUGAAGGGGUGUGUUUGGGGAGGGGAGCAAGAAAGGUCACCAGUCUAGUAUGCUAGUUCAGUCAACUUUCCUGAGUACUGCAACAUGCCUACUACAUAUUCAGCAGAUUGGAUGACAGAUCUACAUUUUGACUAACCCUCUGUCUUGGUAGUUUUUUCUGCCAAAGCUAUGCAGAGCUCUGAAUUUGAUCUUUGUAAACACUAAAAAUCAGUAUAAUAAUUAUUAUGAAGCGGAGACAUUGUUUUUGAUCAUUGAAUUUGUAUGAGGUAAAUAACCUUUAAUGGAGCCCUACUUGCUGAACGCCUCUUGUGAAAGUCACAUGGUACAUAAAGCUCGUGCCUACAACCCCCCCACCCCCAACUUUCUAUGUUUUGUUUUGGUGAUCUGCUGGUUAUGGUAAUGCAUUCUAAGUGUAAGGUGAUAACAGUUUGGCAGCUGCAACACUUUCUAGAUCUUCUGAUCUUGUUAAGUACUACAUUCUGUUACAUUCUUAAUAAAUAAAAAAUACAUCUUUAACCAAGACCAUUUUAAUAUUUAGAAUAAUGUUUAUCAGCAACUUUUUUGUUUGUUUUUUUGAGUCUUUGGGAAUUAGAUUGUGAGGAAGAAUUAAAUGGGUUUUUUUUUUCAUUUGCUGUAUCGUCAUUUUGUUUGGGGUUUUAUGGGAGAUAAAUGUCUACCAUAAAAAUUUAGAAGCACUAUGCAAAUAGAAAAGAAGCAAAUUGUUUUACAGAAGCUAAGCAGCUUGAUUGUGCAUAUUUUCAAAAGUUUCUAAUUUGCUUGUAAUUAUUGCAGUGCUGUGUAUAUUCAGCCUGUAUAGUAUAAGUGGCAAUGGCAAAAGCUUAUCAGAUGUGCUGUAGCUGUAAUACAAUUGCAGACAUAAGAUUUCUAACAAUGUACUACUAAUUUAUGUGCAAAGAAAAAUCCUACUUUUAAAAUGUAAACUAGUCUGUUGCUAAUAAAUUAUCACGGAUUAGGAGA